AUGGGGUGGAAAUCGGCGGGUUGCGACGGCUGUCAUUCCGACUCGUCGCGUCCACCACCUCCCCAGCCCGCCCGCCUAUCGCUGACGCGGCGACGUUCGUCCCGAGCGCGCGGGUACGUGUGCGCCGUGCGCGUGCAAAAUUAUACUUAUUACUUUGUAGUACGAACUACGAAGUCGACGGCGGCCGACCGCGGGGACGACGUUAGCCGACCGGGCCAUAGCCGCGACGUUGCCAGUUGUGGCGUAACGGUUUCGCCAGACGGACGGUCGCGGAGCUGUUUGGCCGUCGCGGUGUCCGACCUCGCCGCAAUGCUGGCGCCGCACGUACGCCAUUUUGUGCUGCCACGCACGGUGGCUGCUGCAGCUGUUGGCAUAAUAUUAUUUGUAUAA